AUUAUUUGUAGAGAUUUUCUCGGAUUAAAAUAGACACACAGAAAUAAUGGCCACGAAUCCUCCGCCAGUUGCUCCUCGAAGCAAGCGUCAGAAAGCUGGUGCCUGCUGUCCGCCACCAGCCUGUUGUGCGCCCACUCCGACACGCGAACGCUUUGCUCACGUGCCGGACUUCAGUCCCUGCUCGACGCAAAUGUGCAAAUACUUUGGCGGCCACGAUGAUCCCUUCUAUCCUCCCUUCGAUCCCAAGGAAUGUGCGCGCAUGCGUCGCGGCGACUAUGACAGGUCCUUGGGCUAUCCCAUUGGUGUGGUGGCCAGCAGUUUUACGGUCAGAACGGGCAUUGCCAAUCAGGAGAGCGUACGCUUUGCGGGCAAUCUCAAGGGUUUCGCGCACAGCUACUACACCCGACGGGACGAAUGGCAGCCGGAGAUGAUCGAUCAGAUUGUCGCCGAGGGUCAGGUGCUGUUCAACGAUUCGGCGGGAAUGGACAAUGCCAAUGAAUCGGUGAAUCCCGAGAUCUAUGACGAGAAUGAGCAGCGUGUCACGCGUCACUUCAAAAUCAAUGAAAUCGAAUUCGCCAUGGAGCUGGAGGCGGCCAUCGAGAUGCCUGGCUAUCCGAACAUCCUCCGAAAUCUGCGCCGGAUCAUGCGUGAGUUCUUCAAGCAUGUGAAAUAUGGCAUCUUCUGGACACCCAAUUGGUAUCUGUUGAUCUGGAAGGAGAAGGGCAUUUGGAUGGUUCUCGAUCUCAAUGGGCGCGACACAGAAACCCUCAAAGCGAAUCAUGACAACGGCUACCCUGUGCUCUUGGCCUUCAAGUCGCUGGAUAAUGUCAUUUGGCUGAUCAAAAAGGAGAGUAAUCUCGACAAGAAUGACAAGUUCACGCUGCGAGAGAUCAUUGUGGUGCGUCUGGUCACGCCAGGGCUCGAGGGGCGCUCCUACGAUCGGGAACAUGGCGUACGAAUGAGCGAAUUUGAUGUGAUUGCCUCGGACUACGCGUAUGUCCUGUCGAAUCUACAUCUCACGCUCAAUCCAAAGGAUGCGCUGCGCAACCGCAGUGCCCUACCGGUGGCCGUGGCCUCUGCUUUGGCCUCGAAAAUCGAUCAUCCCGCCACAUGGGAUCAGAAAAUGUACGACAAGGUCAUGUGCUAUGGCGUCAACAUGUGCAAAAAUUGCUGGGAGCCCUGCCACGAUCUGAAUCAACCCAUGGACCUCGACUCGUUUCCCCGGCAGAUCCGCAUGGGACAGUUUGUGGCCGAAAUUCUGCUCUCGCCGAACAUCUUUGAGGGGUGGUGGAAGUGCGUCCCGAUGUACAAAUUCAACGACUUUCAUCUGAUGCUGGAGAAGGCCCUGGAGCAGAAUGACUACGUCAUCUUUCAGAUCAACAAUCAGAUGUACUCGCUGUGGAAGAAGGGGGACUUCAUCUAUCUAAUGGAUCCCUAUCGGCAUCACAUUGUGGGGCGCAUACUGGAGGAGGGCGAGGACCCGAAGAGCGCCUCUGUGCGCAUGUUCGGCAACAUUGAUCGCCUGCUGAGUGUCUUCCAUCAGAUACUCCUGGAGUCGAAUCGUUCGGCCAUCUUUCACAUUCACGGCCUAAAGAUUCGCAACAUCACAGAGUGUCCGCCGGGCACAGCGCCCGCUCUGCUGGCCCCCGAUCAGGAUGUGGAGGUGGCUUCGCUCAAUGAGAACAUUCGCUUUGAUGAGAACUACGACAAGUGCAUGGAGGAGCUGGGCGAGAUUAGUGACUAUGAGGAGGAUCUGGCCUCCGAGAUUGAGCCCAUUGUGGAGAUUAGCUCAUCGGAGGAGAUGGUCGAAGAGGAGGAGGGCGGUGAGGAGGCAGCUGGCGGCGAGGGAGAUGAGGGCGACGAGGAUGAGGAUUAGAAUUUGAACUAUAAAUUAUUUGUAAGACAUUUUGAUGCAUAAAUUGAAGU